ACGACUCUGAGCGCACACCGGAAGCAGGCGGCAAGUGAUUCUUGUGGCGAGCCAUACAUCCACAGAGACGCCCCUUGAGCUAGUAAAGAGCUGCGCAGGGUUGAAAACGCGAGGGGGGAGAGGAGAGGCGGCAAGCGUAUUCGGUGGAACGACGGGCCUGUGAUAUUUCUUGUGUCCAACGGCGAACAACAAGUUCUCGUCAUCGUCUCGGGAGAGAGAGGGCCAGCAGCCAAUACAGCAGGAGCGCACCUCGUUCAAGUCUCAGCCCCCUGAGGCAGAGAGGCUGUUACUAAAUCGUUUUAUGAACCCGCUAUCACAAUGAUGGAGGCCAUGCGAGCCUAUUCGCCGCCCGUCACCCGCCAAAGAGCCCGGGCGAUAAUUCUCGGGCAGGCCGCCCUAAGGAGUCAGCGAGAGCAGCCAGAACAGCAGGGGCAAGCACGCCAGGUGCAACGCAGUAGCAGCAGCAGCACACGCAGGGGCAGUCGCGUGCGUCGCCGUGAGCAGGAGCAGGGCGCGUCGGAGAGCUUGCCUAACGGCGGCGGCGGCGGCGGAACAGGAGGAGGAGCAGCAGCAGAGGACUCCGACGGAGGAAGGGGCGAGAGGGUCGCGAGUGGGGGGAGACCAGGUUCUCGUUCGUCGUCACGCACGACCGGCACUCGGUCGGAAUCUACUGCAACCGUGGGUAAUACCGCGAGCCGCUGGAGGAGGGGUGGAGGCCGCAGCAACCCUAGCGUAGAGGUCGAGGUGGAAAUAGCAAAGGGAUUGGGAGGGGGCGGCGGCGGCGGCGGCGGCGGCGGCGGCAGCAAGGUGGCCGUUGCGGAAGCCACGAGUGAGCCGGUGGACCAAGGCGUGGACGCCGACUGCGACGACGACGUGGCAUCGUCAUCGGUGGCGGCGGCGUCUCCGGGUGCCCGGCACUCUUCGUCUUCUUCGUCACAGCCGCUGGAAGAGGUUAACCCCAGCGUUCUCAACGCCAAAGACUUUUCAUCAGGCAGCAGCAGCAGCGGCGGAGUCGAUGCCGAGGGGGAUGGCAAGGAAGGGGGCAGCAGCAGCGCCAGCGCCAGCGCCGCCUCAAGCAGCCAUCAUGAACCACCACGACCGUCGUCGCAAUCGGACCGGGAGGACGGUGGCCGCCCCGCGAUUGGCGGACCCAACCUCAUGGGCGGAAGCGCUACCGCGGUAGCAGCGCCGCUGCCGGCUGCUUUGAGCGGCGAUGGUGCAGACGGCGCUGCUGUCGACGGCGACGCUGGUAAUCCUAACCACGGGGGAGUGCUCCCGAUUCCUCCUCCCGCCCGGGGUCCCAGCGCGACGGCGGCGGCGUUAGCAAGAGCGGUCGCUGACAGACGAGACACGAGUUCUUCGGGCAGAGCCGUCAGAGGCAGGAGCUCCAGAGCCGCCGCGGGGGGAAGGGGAGGCGGCGGGGACAUGGAUGGAUCGCCCGAGAGGGGGGUGAAGCCCCCGGCGGCGGAGGAGGAGGGCGAAGGGUCCGGUGGAGGCGCUGGGCUCGGGUCGCGCCUGAACGGCAAGUCUGUGCUGGCCAAGGGGAGCACCGGUGUCAGCCCCAUGCAAAAGCGCAACCGACGGGAGCUGAAGCUUUCAGAAGAGGAAACCGCCAUGGCGGGCGCCCCGCAGGGACCCGUGUACCAGGUGGCGGUGCUCGAGACGGGGGACUUCGAGCCGUCCCCUAACCCGGACGAGGAGAUGCAGGCCGUACGCGCGGCCUCAGCGGGCGACGGGGAUUGGGCGGAUCUGUACAGUGCCGUCGAUUCGGCCCGCAGGCUCUGCAUCUUCCACGCGCAGAAGCUCCUUGUCCCCGGGGGGCCCGGGGGCCGGGGGGCCGGCAGCAGCGGCGACGGAGGGGAUGCGGACGAUAAUCUGGAGGGGGUGGUGGGGUUGCUGGCGGCGGCGGUGGGGAACCUCCGGUCGUCGAUGGUUCGGAAUGCCCUGCUCGGGGUGGGGGACAUUUUCAGGCGAGUGUUCUUGAAGCAUGACGUGGGGAGGGUAGACAUCAGGCCCAUGAUGGCGGGCACGCUGCAGCGCCUUGCUGGAGACAAGCGCUUCAUUUGCCAAACGGCGGCUCAGGCUAUGGAAGCGGCGGCACGCAACGGACCCGGUGUGGACGUGUUACAUGCGAUUCUUCCGUCCUUGGACGACCGCAACGCUGAAGUCGCUGCGAAGUCGGCCUUUUACGCGGAGCAGUGCCUGGCUACUCUGGGCGUUGGGAGCAAGGCGGGAGUGGGCUUGCCCGAGGCCCUAGAGUUCCGUAGCAUGUUGCCCGGCAUGUCGCGAGCGUUGAAUGGGAAAGUCGCGGAGGGAAGGGCGUCGGCCAGACGGGCGCUGCUGAGGUGUCGCAAGGCCAUGGGCCUCGGUCCUUUCGAGGCUGCCGUUAAGGCAUCCCAGGAGAAGGUAGAGGCGGCAUCCCUCCUCACCGUAUUGGCGACGCCCAACCGAACAGGCGCCGCGGCAGGGGCAGGGAAGGCCGGGCCCGGCCGAGCACCAAUCCUGCAGGGGCGACGGGGUGGUACGGGGGCGGGAAGGGGGGGUAGUGUGGCGGCGCGGCCGUCCAUCCGUGAGCAGAUGAUGGCGGCGAGAAGAAAACAGGAGCAAGCGGAGGGAGGCAGCGGGGGUGGGGGGGAGGGGUUCGUAGUCGUGUCGUGAGGAGGGGGGGUUGGGUUUCCUGUGGUUUUGACGGCGGUUGUGUGGACGGAUAUUUUAGCAGAUGGCGGUGGGCUCUGAUCGAUGGUUGACGGCCUGAAUUCGGUCAAACGUGGUCAAGAAUGACAGUGAAGGAUGUUCACUGUCGCUGUGGUGGUGCGGGCGAUCUUCUCUGUCUUGAGAGACGUUACGGGCAGUGAGUCGGGCGUGUUGGCUUGGUUAUCCCCAGACCGCCCCCGGGCAAAAACAGCUCCCCCCCCCCCCCCCCCCCCCCCCCCCCCCCCCCCCCCCCCCCCCCCCNCCCCCCCGCCCCCUGCAUUCCUUGGAGUCGCACGAAGCGUCCGCAGGAUGGCUUCGCCAGAGGACCUCUGCACAUUUUGGCGAAUCGUGGCGUUUGCACUCAGUGCCAACCUCUUUAUUUUCUCAGUGCCAACCUCUUUAUUUUCUCGUGCGGCAGCGGAUGUGUUGCAAUCGAACGGCUGACCGAAUUUGCUGUUGAGGCUUUUCCUCAUUUCGGAGCCUACCGCCGUCUCUUUUCAGACUACUUCAAUUUCUUCUAACUGUUUGUGAUGUUAUCAGCGAAGCAGCGGAGUAGUAUUUGUUGUCUAGAGCGAUCAUGGGAGGUCCAUUCAUAGCUUGGUGGGCAUUUGAGAGGGUUUCUCGCACGAACUGUACGGGAGACAGCAGCAGUGACGGCGACAUCAGAAAGCAGUAUCAGCAAGACAUAGUGCUUGUACAGUAUUGGAAGAGGAGCCAGACCUGACGGUUUCAAGAUUUCAGACACGUUGAAAGACGAUCGCGCCAUUUCCGGCGAUGCUGCCUUCGAGCCGAUGUGCCCGCUGACCUGACAUUAUGGUACAGUUUUUUUUUUUUUGGUGCCACAGUAUCAUACGGAGCGUCCUGCUUCUUUCGGGGGUUCACUCGGAAUGUUGCUCGAUUUCAGGGUGUGGGUUUGGGCAGGGAGCAUUCUUCAUGUUCGAGAUUUGGGAGUGAAGGCCGCGAUGAGAUGUUCGUUUUUUUCUCGUUUGUCCCAACCUUGCUUAGACCAAGUGGGAAAUCACCACGACGUCGACGCGUGGGACAUGCUACGAUUCUCGCCCUUGUUUCUUUUGUGUGCCGGAAAAGUCUAGAGUGGAUGUGUGGUAGUACGAUAUUGUAGCUUCGAUUUUGCAGCAAAAUCGGAUAUUGUGUUCAGCAUGGCACCGAGUGCGCUGCGCUUGCGUGUGAGUUUUCCACAUGCACGGUGAGGGCGACCCUCCAACCGGGACGAAAAUGGUGAUGUGGGGUUUAUCUCUUGUUGUGGCUCGGUCGAUUGCUGUGGGCAUGAUUGCCUUCGUGUCGGCAUGUCGGAGGAACGGAAGAGGUACACCGGUAUAUUAAUGUGUCUAAUGCAGGUAGUGCAUGCGGGGCGCCUCCUUCGCGUUGGUAUGUCGGAGGAAAACAGGUACCCGGGUAUAAUUCCAUCUUGUUGAGGUUUCGGCGUAUGGUGGGCCAACGUUUCACAACUCUCAUUCGACGGGGUGGAUUUUGCAGACGAUCACCGCGUUUUGUCAUAUCAUAGAACAGGGGACUCUAGCCGGCACUUGACCCCAAUCCACCCACCACCCAUCCCUCUGUUGGGAGGUCGGCCGAAAGAGCCUACUGGUGUUAAUGUUUCCCGAAACCGUCAAGCAUUCCAACGUCCGAGCAGUUUUUUUUUCCUUCUUUUUCUCGAAGAGGUGUGCAACGACGUCGUUUCAUUCAUAUGUUGUCUCACGUAAGCUUGGUUCGGUUUGGUUCAGGAUAAAAAACAGGAGGGUACAUAGAUGCAUUAUUGCUGGUAAUUGUUUGUUGCGGAGGGGGAGGGCGAACGAUUCCUGGCGCUGGUAACACCGUCACUAUUUUGUUCCCGAGAACAGCGCGCCGUGAGGGGGAAAGAGGGAGCAAGGGUUACCCGGACGAGGGGCUUAUUGGGGGGAAGCUG